UAUGGAUAAAAAGAAUAAAGUGAAAUCUAUUGUAAAGUUCGAUGAUGAAAAGUAGCCAGAAUAAGUAAUCUAAGAAGUACAAGAGAUAAAAAAAGAUAAGAAAAAGAAAAAGGAAUAAUAAAAGAAGAAAUUAUCACUUGAAUAGAGACAUGUUACUAUUGCCAUUCCAGAUUCAAUUAUCUCUAAUGCUUAAUCAUCUGAAUUGAGAAGUUAUUUUAUGUCUCAAUUAGCAAGGAUGUUUGCUAUCUUUCAAGUAGAUGAAGUGAUCAUUCUUAGAGAUUAUUCAUAGUAUCACCAUAUUUACAUUUUUUAGCAUACCAAAAAGUAAAUAAUUUGAUGUGGCAUCAUAUGUGGUCAGAAAUUUAUAAUAUUUGGAAACACCAUAAUAUUUGAGAAAGUACUUGUUUCCAAUUCACUCAGAUUUAAAAAAUGUUGGUCUCAUGAAUCCAAUAGAAGCAAAACAUCAUUUAUUGACAGAACAAGUAUGUCCUUAUAGAGAAGGUGUUGUUGUUGAAAGACCUAGUAAAGGAGACACAUCUUGGGUGGAAAUUGGACUCAAAAGAUAGGUCUUAAUCAAUUAUCCAUUAUAACCAGGAACUAGAGUCACAUUGAAAUUAGAUGAUCCUACUUCCACUCAUCUGACUGGAACUCCUGUCUCUAGUUAGGAUGCUAAAAAGGAAGGCUAUUAUUGGGGUUAUACAGUUACAAUAGAGUCUAAAUUUCAUAGGUUAUUAGAUAGAGGUAUUAAAAUAAUAUAUUAUCUUAAGAUGAUUUCGAUAUGAAGAUUUUGAUUGAAACAGAGAAAAGUGAUGAAACUACAUAAACUACAACUUUUAAUCCUAGAUAAUUAUCAUAAUAACCUUUAAAAUUAUUGUUACUAUUCUCAGGAUUAUAAAAGAUAACAGAUUUUACAGAAAAUGAUGAAAAAUCUAAAGUAAAUAAUUUAAUAUAUCUCUAUUAGUUAUCCAAUGAGGAUAUAUAUGGAAAAUUCGAUCAUGUAUAUAGAUAUGGAAAUAAUGAAUAUGGUGUAAAAUAACUCAGAUUAGAGGAAUAAAUGUUUAUGUUUUUACAAUCAAUAUAAUGAU